AUGGGCAGUAGGACUGGCCUGAAGAGUAAGGAGGUGGAGAGCCCACACAAGUCAGCUCUUGAGAAGCAUGGCUAUGGGCCCCAAGGGGACGAGGAGCCAGCCCUGGUUGCGGUGGCUACAGGAGGAGGCGCGCGGCUGCAGUGGCCGCUGAGGCUGGGCCCCGCGGCGCCCUUGCCCUUGGCCGCGGCCAGCGGAGGUUCGGGGGCGCUGCCGGGAGCGGGCGGCCCCGGCCCGCAGCGGCGCACACGGCGCCACCGCACCAUCUUCAGCGAGGAGCAGCUGCAGGCGCUGGAGGCGCUCUUCGUGCAGAACCAGUACCCCGACGUGGGCACGCGCGAGCGCCUGGCCGGCCGCAUCCGCCUGCGCGAGGAGCGCGUGGAGGUCUGGUUCAAGAACCGCCGGGCCAAGUGGCGACACCAGAAGCGCACGUCAGCGACCUCGAGGCUCCUCCCCGGAGCCAAGAAGGCCCCAAAGGAGAGCUGUUGA